UGCCUCUCGCUUCAGAUGCAGGGAUGGACCACAGAGCUGUGACUGUAUACUAGCAGAGAGCAUGAUUGGACUGGAGUCUCAGAGGAGUGUCAGCAGCACUGUGAAUGAAGCUCCGUGGCUCACUUACCAUAGGCUCUGUCUGUGUGAGAGGAAACAGGGAUCAUUAAAGUGAGCGGAGCAUCUCAGGGCAGAGCAAUGUGGCUAAGAGCAACGGGGCAUGGGAUCUGUUCACCUUUUGGAUAAUUUCUGUUCUCGCCCACAAAGCUGUGCAGCGUCCCCUAUGCAAGUGGGUGGCAUGUGGAGCCAAGGUUUUAUAUGGCAUUUGUGAUAAAUGCAAGAUCCAACUUUUUUCUAAAUUUUGUUGCUUUGGGUACAGUGUCUCUCUCUCUCUUUUUCGUUUUUGGUAGCGGGCCGGGCCGGGGGGGAAAGUGUGACACCGGAGGGAAUGUUUUCUUGUUCAGAAAUCUCUCUCACGCGGAAGCACGCUGUUCCCUUACUCCUGGCUAAGCAGACUUCAGUUCACCAACUUGCACGCUUAACUCCUUGACAGAAUGGCAGGCCAAAGAACAGCUGUUGCAAAGCAAUAGGGGGAUAAGGAAAGAGGAAAAUAAUUAAUAAGCCUAUCGCCCCCGCCGCCAACACUCAGCAACUACUGCAUCACUACUAACCACGGACCGCUCGGAAGUCACCAUGCGCAGGUCUAGCACCGAUGAAUCGACCUAUCACAGGAGCCCUUCUUUGGACAGCAAGGAUUACAGUUUUCCAAAUGGCGCCUUCCGUCGCUACAGCAGCAUGUACGGUGGCCAGUUUGGAGCUGCCAGCAACUCAUUUUUUGGAUUCCACACCAACCCAGGCCCUAAGGCCACCAAGGCUAAGUACACGUCCCCCAAGGGAAACAAGUACGUUGUCUUUUACCUGGAUCUCUCAUUUAUUUUUCUCCUAGAACUGAAGAGGUGCAGCAUGGCUCACAACUGUCUCCAGUGCAUCAAGUACCUAAUGUUUGUCUUCAACCUUCUCUUCUGGCUUGGUGGUUGUGGGAUCCUUGGAGUGGGCAUCUGGCUGGCUGUUACCCAAGGAAACUUUGCUACCCUCUCCUCCUCUUUCCCAUCCCUCUCGGCUGCCAACCUGCUUAUCGUCACAGGGACUUUCGUGAUGAUCAUCGGCUUUGUCGGCUGUAUAGGUGCCAUCAAAGAAAAUAAGUGCCUCCUGCUGAGUUUUUUUAUCAUGCUGUUAAUUGUAUUCCUGCUGGAGCUCACCGUUGUGAUUCUGUUCUUCGUCUACACCGACAAGAUUGAUAAGUACGCUCAGCAGGAUCUGAAGAAAGGACUUCACUUGUACGGGACAGAUGGAAAUAUUGGCUUAACUAAUGCGUGGAGCAUCAUUCAAACAGAUUUCAGAUGCUGUGGGGUUUCAAACUACACUGACUGGUUUGAAGUGUACAAUACUACACGGGUGCCAGACUCAUGCUGCCUGGAAUUCAGUGAGAACUGUGGACUUCAUUCUCCAGGGACCUGGUGGAAAGCUCCUUGUUACGAAAUGGUAAAAGUAUGGCUCCAGGAAAACCUGCUCGCUGUGGGGAUCUUUGGAUUGUGCACAGCUUUGGUUCAGAUUCUUGGACUGACAUUUGCAAUGACGAUGUAUUGUCAGGUGGUCAAGGCAGACACCUACUGUGCAUAGAAACCAGUCCCAGUUUUCAGAUUCUCCUCUAAAGGACACAGGAGAAAGCUCCUUCAUGCUCAUUCAUCUGAUCUUCCCCCUUCUCCCCAUGUAAUAUAAACUGUGUAUAAUCCUAUUUCUCUGAAGAUUUUGUGAAUCACCCUAGCUUUAUGGAGAGAGGAAGAAAAGAAAGAGUCAGUGUUUGGACUGGCAUAGGCAGGAGGAAAUAUCUUUAUCAUUCAAGAAAAGAGAUGCUCCAGUAUUGGGUCCUUUACAUGGAUUAUGGCAAGACUGAAAUGGCCACUUAAGAGGAACUGAUUUGCAAGCUGAUGUAAGAACAGACUGUAAACAGUAAUGAGAGCUUGGUGAAUCCAGCAAGAUUUCCUUCCCAGAUAUUGCAGUAUUCAUUCUUGGAGAAUGAAGACUCUCCGGCACGGAAAUAUUCUUCGGUGUGGGAAGAGAGGGAACAGAGUUGCUAGCAUUGAAUGGAAUUGUCAUUUUACUACAGCUUGCCUUUGUGUGCAGCUAAAUACCCAAGCAACCGGCCUGGCUCCAGAGUAUCUUCAGAAGCCUAUGUGACCAGGAGCAGAUCUUCUUUCUGCAGAAGUGUGUUUUAUUUUAAAGGAGUGUUUUUAAUCUUGUGUGCUGUGAAGUCAGGUGUUAAUCAAUCAGAAUCUGUGCUAUGAGAUCUGGCUGGCAAGGGAAAAGUCUUAUUGGACAUGGUUGCACUUACUAAUUCUCACAGGUACAUAACAGCUGGUAUAUGUAUAAUGUCAAUUUAGGCACACGUAUCAUUGUGGUGGGAGAAAAAAUAAGCCAGCAUCUAAUAGAAGAGGGGAGCUUUCCACCCAUUUUACAUUCCAAGUGAAAUAAUGGAGUAUUAUUUCUUGGAGACACAAUCAUUUAUACCUCUGGGAAACAAGCAAUUAUGUUCAGCUGUAUCUUCAUCUCAGUAAACAACUUGUGAGUGGGCUUUCUCUGUCACUCUGCUAUGUUUUUACUUUUUAUCAUUCCUGUUUCAAGUUAACCUGCCAGAAAAUAUCACUCAUUUCUGCACUUGAAGAUCCAUAAAGAGCUGUCAGCUGUUUCUUCAAUGAAUGUCACCACUUCAUUAAUUUACUCUGGGAUAAUAUUAUCCCAUCAGUAUGAUAGGGAUCUCCAUGUUGCAUGCUGCUCAGUUUGCUUAGCCUUAUUGUGACUUCAGGUGCUUCCACGCUUACCUGCCUGUUUAUAACAGCUAAGGCCAUUUUGUCCCCAAUUGGAAUUGGCAUCAGCUCAAGGUCCUAAUUUUCAAGCCUCCUUUCCCCAGGGGAGCGUGGUAGAAACAUUUGGCCCUUCUGGAAUUUGCAAAACUAGAAGCAAAGUUGUGACUCAACUCCUCUUCACAGAAAAGUAAAAAGUCAACAGUUGUCUAAUUUCCUUUCAUGUUCUUCCCCGUUGUAAUAACUGGAGUCAAUCGGAGUAGCACCUCUAGAGUGAAAUUUCAGUAGGGUGCAAGAUAAUUUUUUAGCCAGCAAACUUCUAAACACAGACAGUCCCCUGGACCCUGUCAACCUUAUGGCACUGUAUAGUGCAGUUCGCUAAGGCAGCCUUGAGUGACUAACUCCUUAGUGCCGUGCUUCAGUUUGGUCUGGGUGACCAGACAGUAGGCAUUUGUUUUCAAGGAGUGCUAUGCUCUCUGCUGCUUUAUGGAAAUACCGUGCAGCCCUCAUGCUCUGGCACUUUAUCAUGAUGUGCCUAAUAUGAUCUAAAGGAAGCCUCCACUUCAGUAAAAAAACUCAGAUGAUGCUGGUAACACUGUCCUGAGCUGGUAUAGGAUACUGGAUUCUCAUAGGAUACUGGUAACACUGUCCUGAGCUGGUAUAGGAUACUGGUAACACUGUCCUGAGCUGGCGGUAUAAAUUCUCAGAGCACUCAGGAAUCAUGAACAGGGUGGAUCUAAUUGAAAGGAGAACCUGUGCAUGAGGAGGAACAAAGAGCUAAAUUAGACCUCUUGAAUUGAACCAGUCCCUCUCCAGUCCUUCCUGGCUGGAAAUCUUUUGCUAUCUCCUGCUCACAGGCUGAGGGUAGUGGCAGAAUCAUGGAACCAGUGCAAAAGCAACUCCAUGGUGCUGAGGCCAACUGAUGGAGCAAAGGGAGCACUUGCAGUGAAUCUGCAGCAAGGGCAAGAGAAGCAGGGAAGAGUUUUGGAAAGGGCUGUAUGUAGAGAACUAGGUCACUUGCUUUCCUUUCCAGUGAAUGAGAAGAAUCAAGGACGAUGACGCUGUGAAGUCAUGCACUGUAUGUUGGCUAAGGAGCUCUCUGGUGUCUCAUUUGCGCACAUCAGCUCAUUCUGUCAGAUUGCUUGCCAAGGCACCUUCCACAAAGGUAUAUGGUGGUGUACAGGGUGUUGGUUUUUUUUAAAUAACUACUUGUUUCUCUCUUUUUCCUGGGGAAAAAAAAGUAAAUUAAGUGGUGAUUUUUUUGCCUUGUCUGCACAAAGGCAGUUUUCAGGAGAGCAUUUAUCGCCACUGGGGGAUCCUGCUGGAAGAUUAAACAGCUCUUAGGGGCCCACUUUCAGGUUCAUAACUAAGAAAAAACCCAUUUUAAUUCAAGGAAAAGGAAUCCAGUGUGCACCCCAUUACAUUGCAGGAGGCUGGACGAGGCCUUGAGCUUGCCAGAUGGGUAAAUGUGUCUCCGUAUCCAGAUUAUUUUUUCCUGAGUAACUGCGAUGGCAGUUUCUGUGUAUCCCUAUUUCAUUUUCAGUGGAGAGGUAUGUGAUGUCCUGACCAUUGAAGUAAAUGGCUAUUCUUUCCUAUCUCAGAAACAUGGUCCAUAACCCCAUAUUCUAACUAUAUCUCUAAGCAAAGCAGAGAGUAAUUUAGAUGCAGCAGUGCCAUAGCCAGCCCUGAAAAAGAUCAAGCACCCAAUUGCUAGUUUGUUUCUACAUUUAUUUAAACAGCAGUGGAUUUUUUUUGAGCAUUUCCCUUUCUCCUCUUCCCCCUGACCCCUGACUUUUUUACACCUGGAGAAACGACUCCAAAAUUAGACAUACAAUUAGCAGGGGUUCUUGCCACAGUUCAUUACAACAGUUGUACUCACAGGUGUUCCUGCUGACAGCUCUGGGUUCCCAUCUCUGAGGAGCAGAAUAACAGAGUGAUGAAGACAUUAAUAAAACAUGGAUUUUAAAAAGAUAAAAGAUAGACAAGGCUAUUUGUAGAGAUCCCUUCCAUUAAUAAUUAAUGUGCAGGCAGCAGGCCUGAUAGCUCAGCGGAGAAGAGCGCACCGUUUUGUGGCAGAACUGUGUUGGAGGCUACUCUCAUCUUCCCACAUGAUGGUCUCAGAAGUAGUGAGGCCAACCCAUCCCCUCCUGUGAAUUCCCUAAUUGUGCUGCCAAACUCUUAAAGAAGAUUGCUGCUUUUAGUUAAGCCUAUGGAAAGAACCACCAUAAAAUAAUAGGAGGCUGGGUAACUUCUUUCGAUUCUGGUUGUUUGCCACAGUUUGUCAUAAACUGUCACUCUGACUAUUCAUUUCCUCCAAGAUAAGGCAUCUGGGUAUGAGAAAUCCUCUUCAAAACCCAAGUGGUUGGAGCAGCUCAAAGCAGUGAAGGUGUUAAAAACCCAGCUGGGUUGCUGUUAAUAGCUAUUUGUUUGAACAGGCUCUCCCAGCACAAUAACACUGCCAACUUGGAUGCUAGGGUGGAUCUGGGUAGCUAGUUCCAAACGUACUGUCUUUGUAUUCUGUUAUUGACUUUUCCACCAGGCACCAGACAGAUGGGACAGCUCUUUCAAGCACUGCUAACACAAUCCCAUUGUGACCCACUGCCCCAUGUUGCAGACAGCAAUGCAAUUAAGAACCUCAGAUUUUUUAAAAAUCCUACAUAAGUGAGCUUAUUUGAUGAUAGGUCUCUAACAUAAAACAACACAGCUGGUAAAAGACAUAUCUUUUUAAGUCAAGUAACUUUAGACUGAAUAGGUCCAGAAUAAUCACCUGUAAUACAGUAUAGUAGACUGUAAUAUAUGUAUCCAGAGCAGCACAGAAGAAAUCAUUCCAGUGUCUCUUCGGAGUUUUAUAACAUUUUCUACGACAUUGUUUCAAAUCACUCACAUUUCCUUUUAUUUACAUAGAGAUGAAGGCUUAUUACAAUUAAAGAGAGGACCAAUGCAACCAAAUACAGAAAAGAUGUCCCUAAGUCAAGACCACAAGGCCAAGUGUGGUCCUGCUGACAUCAUUGAAACCAGAAUUUGGUUUUAAGUUUCACUUUGGUAUACUUUUGGCUUUGUUUUCUUCAUAACAGUCUAUUUACACAUAACAGUAUGUGUUUUAUUUCUGGUACAGCAGCUGUCAGUAGCGGCCAUGUUUUAUUGCCUGUACAAAGACUGCUUAAUUUUACAUCUUAUAGCACAGAAUCAAUAACAUUCACUUCAGUUUCAGUUCCAUGCAUGUUAUUACCCGCUUGCUUCCCCGUUCCAGAAAAAAAACCCUGAUCAUGAUUUUUCUUGAAUCCAGCAAUAUAAUUAUCAUUUGGAUCUAUUCAUGGAUAAUGUACAAUAAGGACAAGACUGAAUUUCACAGAAGUUGUAUGAAAAUAUAUUAUCUAGUGUCUAUAAUAUGGUUGCUACAUAAAAGACUCUCAAAAAUGAAUUAAAGAUUGUACAAAUGCAUUUCAGUGGUUUGUGACCCCCAGCCCUAUCCCUCCUAUGUUGCUAAAUAAAGACAAGGCUUCUAGCUAGACAGAAGGAAGCUCCCAGAGUGGAAACAGUUGAAAGCCUUUGGCCAACAUAAUAGCUUCCUAUCUGUGCUGUGAAUGUGGCACCAUGAGUAGGCAAUGGAGAAAAAAGAAAAAAAAAAAUCGUUGUAGUGUUGUUCUUUAAACUAGUUUAACUCUUAUCUUUAAUCCAAGAGGAUUCACAGUAGAUUUGAUUGAUCUUUAUACAGACUAUAUUGGACUAUUCAUAGUAACAAUGUGAGUCAAAUCUUGCCACAAAAAAUUUUAUUCAGAGUUCAAUUGUGAAUUCAAUCUGACUGACAUCUGUACCGUAUCGUAUUGGACAGUUCUCCCUGGUUACUUGGUUUUACAUUGCAGCAAGAAGAUUGAUAUGAUCUUGUGAACCCUGUGGAGAAUGGCGCUUAAAAUAUACAUUUAUUUUUUAAAAGUUAUUAAAUAUUCUUUAAGAUUUACAA